AUGAGUGAUACCACUGUACAAAAUAAUAAUAUUUCUUUGGGUCAUUUAGCUCGAUUUCAAUUGCCCCCAGGUAAACAAAUGACUACCAUUAAACUUUCAAAUAUUCGUACACUUAAUGGGUCUAUUAUUUCCGUGGCACAUUUCACGCCUGAACAAUUAAAAUCACUUCGAACAUAUCAAUUGAAUGUCGCCGACGGAUUGCCAGUCACGUCCGAUAUUGUAGAGGACGCAUACGAAGAUAACGAAGAACAAUUAAUUACUCAAUCUGAACGUCUGAGAGACAUUUACAAUGCUAAACGUCAGGCAGAUGAUCAUCCCGCACAGGAGCCUGCAGCUAAAAUGUCAAGUCAUAAUCAAAGCAACGUGGGACACAAUGAUUUAUGCUGUGCUCUUUGCCGCACAUCCAUUCAGAAUAUUGAAAAAAUGGUGCGCGAAGUAUUGAAGCGGGUCAAGAAUUGUGGUGAUGGUCGUUCUCAGCCAAAAAGCUCGAAUAUUACCCUAGGGAUGCCUUUUGAUAAAUUAAAGGAUAUCCAGGAAUUUGAUGUAGAACUUGCUGAAAAAAAAGAUUUUUGUGCGGAAUUUCGUUCAAUUAUUUGUUCACUUAAAGCCCAAGGAAAGAAAUCAAAUUUCGCUCAAAAGACUAUAUCUGAAGUAAUGAAAGCCUUAAUGACCAAUAAAUUGGGAACAAAAAUUUCAUGGAGUGGAAAAGGCAACGCAGAAUGGGGAUUUGAAAAUACAAAUAUCAUGAAAAUUCUUUAUGAUGGUCUGUGGCAUGAUUGCCAAAUACCAAAAAGUGAUGUUAAGUCAUGCGUGGAGGAUUGGUUGAGACGAUCGGGUGAUCGAUGGAAGAAGGAAGACAAAAAAACAAAGAAUAUUGUUUAAAUAUUUUAAUUAUUUUUUAAUAUAUUGUCACCCAUAAUAUAAUAAGU